AUGAUACAUACCAACUACCAACCAAAGAAGAAAAAGCCCACCCUGCCCUGGGAAAACUAUUUUUUAAAAGAUCACGACGAGGACGGAGAUUCUGAGGAAGGGAGUGCAGGUUUAAUGGAGUCGCCCACUCGGGGUUCUGAGCUCAUCACCCUGAAUUCGAAGAAAAGGGUUUUUCCUGGUGGAAGCUCCUCGCCGGGGAUUAAAGAGGUGGAGGGUUUGGAAACGGCGCCGUCCGGUAAAAGAAUUGCUGCUUCCUCUGACCGUGAAGAGGUUCACUUUUUCACCUUUUUUCGUGUUUUUCUUGAAAUGGAAUCAUAUGGAUCUGAAAUCGCAUCAAAUAUUUCACCAGACUUCAGUAGCACAAAAAUCAAGAACGAGAUCACUGAUUCAGAUGAAUCCGACUCUAAUAUCUUUUUCGGAGAGGAUGAUUGGAUAGACUCGUACUAUGACGACAUAACAUUCGAUGAACAUUCAAAUGAGGCUUUGCAAUCACAGUUCGAUCACAUGGACUUACCGCCAGGUGUCGAAGUCUCCUUUCCCUGGCUGCAAUGCAGCUCUCCUCAAAACAGUACAAUUAAUACUUCAAAUAAUUCGAGUCUGAAAAUCGACUCGAACGUGCCCAGUCAUGUUCUUGAUCCGAGCUCGUCUAGCUCGAAGUCGAAAAAGGUUAGGCAGGUGGGCAGCAAAUGUAAAACAGGUAACCCACCUGAGAUUGAUGAUCUGUGUUACUUAGGAAAGAAGAAGAAAAAAACAAGGGCAUUGUCGUCAAAAUUGAGUUCUACGGGAUUUACGUUCGGAAGUUCUCGUGGGCCCAGGCCAAAAGAUUUCGUGAAUGAUCAGAUUGUAGAGACACCUGCUGAUGUCCAUAAGGAUUUGGAUGAGAUUAAGAGGAACUUUGAAGCAUUUGAGAAAUUUGAUACCGUUGAGGAUUAUUCGGAUCACCACUUUGCCAAUAUUAGUUCUUCGAAUCAGGUGAAUCCACCGAAGAACUGGACCAAGAAAAUACAGCAAGAGUGGAAGAUUCUAGAGAAAGAUUUGCCUGAUACAAUAUUCGUGAGGGUCUACGAGUCCAGAAUGGAUCUAUUGAGAGCCGUGAUUGUGGGAGCUGAGGGCACACCAUAUCACGAUGGUCUCUUUUUCUUCGAUGUUUGCUUCCCAUGCAAUUACCCCAAUAGCCCUCCCAAAGUCCAUUACCACUCGGGUGGCCUUCGGCUAAAUCCCAACUUGUACUGUUGUGGUAAAGUGUGCCUGAGCCUCCUCAACACUUGGGGUGGAGGCAAAGAAGAAAAGUGGCUGCCAGGUGUCUCGACCAUGCUGCAAGUCUUGGUAUCAAUCCAGGGACUAAUCCUGAAUGCCAAACCUUACUUCAACGAGCCUGGAUAUGCAAAAAUGAGUGGCACUAAGUCUGGAGAUACAAGAUCUUUGGAAUAUAAUGAGACCACGUUCAUUUUUUCCCUGCGAACUAUGGUGUACACUAUGAACCGGCCUCCAAAGCACUUUGAAGCUUUGGUGUCUGGCCACUUUGUUAACCGCGCCCGGGACAUUAUGGUCUCGUGCAAGGCCUACUUGGGUGGGGCCCACGUGGGGUCCCUUGUCCCACCGGGUGGUGGUGGUGUCAAGGAAGUGAAUGAGGGUAAAAAGAGAUGCUGCUCCCGGACUUUCAAGACCAACUUAACCGGGUUCAUUAUCACUCUCAUAAAUGCAUUCACUAGAACAGGUGCUAAGGACUGUCACGAGUUUCUGCCCUUGGCCAGUAAUGGGCUUGGGCCAGCCGAGGCCCAACACAAUCACGGGCUUUCGCCCUCGGCAAAGACGGUUGGCGGGCCAAGCGGUCCUCCGGAGAGUCACGGGCUUCCGAUCAUGGGCAAUAAUGGGGGUGGGCCAAGCGGGCCUCAGGAGAGUCACGACGAAUUUCCUCCCUUGGCCAAGAAGAGGGCCAGGCGGGUGGGGUCUCGAUCCUUGAAGGUGAAGCAAAAGAUAGGUCUGAAUGGUGAUUCUUGA